ACGUCUGGUCUAAGUAUGGUGGCUUGGAGCGGUUUGCAGGGACAUGCAGAGCAUCCUCUACAUGGGCUGAUCCAUGACCAGGCGUGCCGCCGCCAGACUGAUUACUGGCAGUUCGUGAAAGACAUCCGGUGGCUCAGUCCCCAUGCAGCCCUUCACGUGGAGAAGUUCAUCAGCUUGCACGAGAACGGCCAGAGCAGUGCUGAUGGUGUGAGUGAACCUGCUGUUGCCGAGCUGUGGCUGCAGCACAGCCUGCAGUGCCACUGCCUCUCAGCCCAGCUCCGGCCCCUGCUCGGGGAUAGACAGUAUAUCAGAAAAUUCUACACAGAUGCUGCCUUCCUGCUAAGUGACGCUCACGUCACGGCCAUGCUGCAGUGCCUGGAAGCAGUGGAACAGAACAACCCCCGUCUCCUGGCUCAGAUCGACGCGUCCAUGUUUGCCAGAAAGCACGAGAGCCCACUCCUGGUGACAAAGAGCCAGAGCCUUACAGCCCUGCCCAGUUCCACAUACACCCCUCCAACCAGCUAUGCUCAGCAUUCCUACUUUGGGUCCUUCUCUAGCCUCCAUCAAUCCGUGCCCAACAAUGGCUCAGAGAGAAGAUCUACUUCCUUUUCACUCUCUGGCCCUCCCCGGAAACCUCAAGAAAGCAGAGGGCACAUCUCACCAGCAGAGGAUCAAACCAUCCGCCCCCCAGUUUCAGCCUCUGCACUAGCCAGGGAUUCCCCUUUGACCCCAAAUGAAAUGAGCUCCAGUACUCUGACCAGCCCCAUAGAGGCAUCCUGGGUCAGCAGCCAGAAUGAUUCCCCCGGUGAUGCCAGUGAAGGGCCUGAGUACCUGGCCAUUGGCAACUUGGACCCCCGAGGCCGGACUGCCAGCUGUCAGAGUCACAGCAGCAAUGCCGAGAGCAGCAGUUCCAAUUUGUUCUCCUCCAGCAUCCAGAAGCCAGAUUCUGCUGCCUCUUCCUUAGGGGACCAGGAGGGAGGUGGGGAGAGCCGGCUGUCCAGUGUCCUCCGCAGGUCCAGCUUCUCAGAGGGGCAGACACUCACCGUCACCAGUGGGGCAAAGAAAAGCCAUAUUCGCUCCCAUUCGGAUACCAGCAUCGCCUCCAGAGGAGCUCCAGGAGGCCCCAGGAAUAUCACCAUUAUAGUUGAAGAUCCCAUUGCAGAAUCCUGCACCGAUAAGGCGAAGUUGAGAGGCCCCUUGCCCUACUCUGGUCAAAGCAGUGAGGUCAGCACACCCAGCUCUCUGUACAUGGAAUAUGAAGGUGGUCGGUACCUGUGCUCAGGGGAAGGCACGUUCCGAAGACCGUCAGAAGGGCAGUCCCUCAUCAGCUACCUCUCUGAGCAAGACUUCGGCAGCUGUGCCGACCUGGAAAAGGAGAAUGCCCACUUCAGCAUCUCAGAGUCCUUAAUUGCUGCCAUCGAGCUAAUGAAGUGCAACAUGAUGAGCCAGUGCCUAGAGGAGGAGGGCGUGGAAGAGGAAGACAGUGACAGAGAGAUCCAGGAGCUGAAGCAGAAGAUCCGCCUUCGGCGCCAGCAAAUCCGCACCAAGAACCUGCUCCCCAUGUACCAGGAGGCUGAGCACGGAAGCUUUCGGGUCACCUCCAGCAGCUCCCAGUUCAGCUCACGUGAUUCGGCACAGCUCUCUGACUCUGGCUCUGCUGAUGAGGUUGAUGAAUUUGAAAUCCAAGAUGCUGACAUCAGAAGGAACACAGCCUCAAGCAGCAAAUCCUUUGUUUCCUCCCAGUCCUUCUCCCACUGCUUCCUGCACUCCACAUCUGCUGAGGCGGUGGCCAUGGGGCUCCUGAAGCAGUUUGAGGGGAUGCAGCUUCCAGCCGCCUCGGAGCUGGAGUGGCUUGUCCCGGAGCAUGACGCCCCUCAGAAGCUCCUGCCCAUCCCUGACUCACUGCCCAUCUCACCGGAUGACGGGCAGCACGCUGACAUCUACAAGCUGCGGAUUCGUGUUCGUGGCAACUUGGAGUGGGCACCCCCCCGGCCUCAGAUAAUUUUUAAUGUUCAUCCAGCCCCAACGAGGAAAAUUGCUGUGGCCAAGCAGAAUUACCGCUGUGCAGGAUGUGGCAUCCGGACUGACCCUGAUUAUAUCAAGCGACUGCGGUACUGUGAGUACCUGGGCAAGUACUUCUGCCAGUGCUGCCACGAGAAUGCCCAGAUGGCCAUCCCCAGCCGGGUUCUGCGCAAGUGGGACUUCAGCAAGUACUACGUCAGCAAUUUCUCCAAGGACCUGCUCAUUAAGAUAUGGAAUGAUCCUCUCUUCAACGUGCAGGACAUCAACAGUGCCCUCUAUAGGAAGGUCAAGCUGCUCAAUCAAGUCCGGCUGCUGCGGGUCCAGCUGUGUCACAUGAAGAACAUGUUCAAGACCUGCCGACUGGCCAAGGAGCUUCUGGAUUCCUUUGACACAGUCCCCGGCCACCUGACAGAGGACCUCCACCUGUACUCACUGAAUGACCUGACUGCGACCAGGAAGGGGGAGCUGGGGCCCCGGCUUGCUGAGCUCACCAGGGCAGGGGCUGCCCAUGUGGAGAGAUGCAUGCUCUGCCAAGCCAAGGGCUUCAUCUGUGAGUUCUGUCAGAAUGAGGAUGACAUCAUCUUUCCCUUUGAGCUCCAGAAGUGCCGGACCUGUGAAGAGUGUAAAGCAUGUUACCAUAAAGCCUGCUUCAAGUCUGGAAGCUGUCCGCGCUGCGAGCGGCUGCAGGCCCGGCGGGAGGCACUGGCCAGGCAGAACCUGGAGUCUUACCUGUCGGACUACGAGGAGGAGCCCGCGGAAGCGCUGGCCCUGGAGGCUGCCGUCCUGGAGGCCACCUGAAGAAAGCACGUGAAGCCUCCCUCUGGGCCGGGGUCACACCUGUUGCAGAACUGAGCCACUCUUUGAAGGACUUGCCCCACCUGGGGCUUCUUUUUUUUUUUUUAAUUAUCAUCAUCUUUUUUUUUCUUUAGUGACUUGUCUGACGUCCGUGUGCAGUCAGCCGUCGGUAGGUUGAUGGGUCCAGUCUGUGAUGACAGAUAAUUUGUAAGCACCAGGUGUUUUCAUCAGAACCGACGUGCGGGUCCUACAGUGAAGCUUCUAGUGCCUCUGUCAGUGGCAGAGACAGCAAGACCAAGUUC